GAGAGAAGACGGCGAAAAGUUUGCUACCAUCUCCAGCUUUCAAAGGAUUCAAAGGAACUGCGAGAGUGGGAGAGGGACCAGCAGCUUUUUAACCUAACAAUGAUGAUGCUCAUGCGAAAUAGCGCCUUUAGAGCUAUUGCUUCUUCUGCUAUUUGGGUUCUUCAACAACAUAUGGAAAUGGGUAUCUUUCCUUUUCUUCCUUAUUUCCCUUCUUUCUUAUUCUUCCAUCGUCACCGCAUCACUACUUCUACUUUUACAAAGAACCCUUCUUUGCCUAAAAAAAAUGGUGGGUUUGCUAGUAAUAGUAGCAAUACCAUUAGUGUUGAUGAUGCCUUGGCUUCAUUCUAUCGCAUGGCCCGCAUGAAUCCUAGGCCUUCUAUUGUGGAAUUUAGCAAAUUCUUAGGCUCCAUUGCCAAAAUGAAACAGUAUUCUACUGUUGUCUAUUUGUGCAAUCAAAUGGAUUUGUUUGGAGUUACCCACACUGUUUAUUCUCUAAAUAUAUUGAUUAACUGCCUUUGUCGCUUGAACCAUGUUGAUUUUGCUGUCUCUGUCUGGGGUAAGAUGUUCAAACUGGGCAUUCAACCUGAUGUUAUUACAUUCACUACGCUAAUCAAUGGGGUCUGCAAUGAGGGGAAGAUUAAAGUGGCAGUAGAGUUGUAUAAUGAGAUGGUACGGAGUGGGCAUGAGCCCGAUGUAAUUAGCUAUAAUACUCUAAUCAAUGGUUUGUGCAAUAGCGGCAACACAAAUAUGGCUGUUCACGUGUUCAAGAAGAUGGAGCAAAAUGGAUGUAAACCAAAUGUGGUGACAUAUAAUACAAUAAUAGACAGCCUUUGCAAAGAUAGGCUAGUUAAUGAUGCCAUGGACUUCUUGUCUGAAAUGGUGGGCCGGGGCAUUCCACCAGAUGCUAUUACUUACAACUCCAUAGUUCAUGGUUUAUGCUGUUUAGGUCAAUUGAAUGAGGCAACAGUAUUGUUCAAGAGGAUGGAACAAAAUGGGUGUAAGCCAGAUGUGGUGACAUAUAAUAUUAUUAUAGACAGCCUUUACAAAGACAGGCUAGUUAAUGACGCUGCGGACUUCUUAUCUGAAAUGGUGGAUCAGGGCAUUCCACCAGAUGUUGUUACUUACACCACAAUACUUCAUGGUUUAUGCUAUUUAGGUCAAUUGAAUGAGGCAAUAAGAUUGUUCAAGAAAAUGGAACAAAAAGGGUGUAAGCCGGACGUGGUGGCAUAUAAUACAAUAAUAGACAGCCUUUGCAAAGAUAGGCUAGUUAAUGAUGCCAUGGAAUUCUUAUCUGAAAUGGUGGAUAGGGGCAUUCCACCAAAUGCUGUUACUUACAGCACGAUACUUCAUGGUUUCUGCAAUUUAGGACAAUUGGAUGAAGCAACACAAUUGUUCAAAGAAAUGGUUGGCAGGAAUGUUAUGCCAAAUACAUUGACCUUCUCAAUUUUGGUUGAUGGACUCUGCCAAGAAGGAAUGGUUUCAGAAGCUCGGUGGGUCUUUGAAACAAUGACUGAAAAAGGUGUAGAGCCAAAUAUUUACACUUACAAUGCUUUGAUGAAUGGGUACUGUUUACGAUGCAAAAUGAAUGAGGCUAGAAAGGUGUUUGAAAUCAUGGUUGGCAAGGGUUGUGCACCCGAUUUACAUAGUUACAACAUCUUGAUCAAUGGAUAUUGCAAUAGUAGAAGGAUGGAUAAGGCAAAAGCAUUACUUACUCAAAUGUCUGUAAAAAAGUUGACUCCUAAUACUGUCACUUACAACACUAUUAUGAAAGGUUUGUGCUAUGUAGGUAGACUUUUGGAUGCACAAGAGCUAUUCAAGAAGAUGUGUUCUUCUGGCAUGCUUCCAACUUUGAUGACUUACUCGAUUUUGCUAAACGGCUUAUGCAAACAUGGACAUUUGGAUGAGGCACUAAAACUGUUCAAGUCAAUGAAAGAGAAGAAAUUAGAACCUGAUAUUAUCCUUUAUACUAUUCUUAUUGAAGGCAUGUUUAUUGGCGGGAAGCUUGAAGUUGCAAAGGGACUAUUUUCCAAGCUUUCUGCUGAUGGAAUACAACCUCCUGGACGGACAUACAAUGUCAUGAUCAAGGGACUUCUUAAAGAAGGGCUAUCAGAUGAAGCAUACGAAUUGUUUAGAAAAUGGAAGAUGAUGAAGCAUAAUGUUAUCAUUUAAGGAUUUCUUCAAAAUCAGGCUCGCCAACUUCUCUACCCCUUAUUGAUGAUAUGGUUGGUAAAACAUUCUCAGUGGAUUCGUCUACAAUUCAUAUGUAAUUGGAUCUGGAAUCUCAUGAUGAAAUCAUAAGCUGAUUUAUGUGUGGAAGCUCUCAACAUAGAAAAAUGAGGUGGUAAUAUACAACUCUCUCUGCUCUCUUUCUCUGUCUCUUCAUUUCUCUUAAGUUGGUGUCUCCAUUGGCAGGCCUGUAGUGGGGACUCGGAUGUUGUAAGGCCUUGCAUACUUGCAAGCAUAUUGAUGCCCCCUGCCAAGUCCAAAGGAGCGUCGAUUGAUCUUAAAAGCUCGGGCCAAGGGAAAACCCUAUUGAUGAUUUUGUGGAUUUGAGAGUCAUUGCAAGGAUAUGGGAGGCUUGUAACAUUCUAGCAGGGCUGUUCUUCAUAAUCCGGUCUGUUUGCAAUUCCUGACAAUCUGUCUCUUUGCAUGGUACAGCUAGAAUACAAUCUGGUUAUGCAAACUUCUUUUUCUUGUUGGUUUUAUUUCAAUUUUAACCAAACAUAAAUUUGCAUAAGAAGAUCGGUGGAUGAGUUGUGGACAGGCUUCUAAAGCAGGUACAAUACAGCUUAUUCUGCUUUCUUUCUGUGCCUCGCUAUCUUAUGUUGGUAUCUUUUGCGGAAGGCCUGAAGUAUGGACUCUUUGCAUACAGCCUGGCAUAUUCGCAACCAAAAUGUAUCUCCCCUGCCAAGUCCAAAGGAGCAUAUAUCGAUCCUAAAAGCUCUGGCCAUGGAAAAACCUGUUGAUGCAAUUAUGGAUUAGAAUACCAUUGGGAGAAUGGAUGCUUGUGAAAUCUGAGUGAGGCUGAUCUUAUUAGUCACUUGCUCCUUUUCCACCUGUCAAGCAGAGGCAGCAAGUGAACUUUUUGGAUGAGAAAGCACGCACAAUCAAGACCAUCCAAGUUUAUCUGGAUUUUCUGCUUGUGCCCAUUAUCGAUGAGGAAGCUUGGUGGCCUUCUAUAUAUUUUUAGAUAUGGGCUGAGGAGCCUAAUGUGUUUGAUUAUUUUGCAUGUAUAAUUCAGAUUGUUUUUUCUUAGGAGUGGAGGUGGAGUCUUAAAGCUGCUGUGCUAAUUGAAUGCUUUGAUUAAAAGCGACUUGAUUGCUUAGUAAAAGCUGCUAUCAACUAAGAAUCGACGGAUCAAUUUUUUAAAUAAUACUAUUAUUGUUCCUCAA